CGUGCCUUUUUCUCCCACCCAAGGCGCCAACAACAACCACCUUGCCUCGUUGCUUUGGCUAAUCCUUCAGGAUGACCAAGACCCGUCUGUACUCCAAGGCCGUCUUCCUCGGCUACCGCCGUGGCAAGCACAACCAGCAGACCAACACCUCCCUCAUCAGGAUCGAGGGUGUUGACUCCAAGGCUGACACAGACUUCUACCUCGGCAAGCGUGUUGCGUACGUGUACAAGGCCGCCCGCAAGAUCAACGACUCAAAGACCCGCGUCAUCUGGGGUAAGGUCACAAGGCCCCACGGUAACUCUGGUGUCGUCCGCGCGCGAUUCCGCAACCCCCUUCCCCCCAAGGCCAUGGGCGCUCGCGUUCGCGUGAUGCUGUACCCCUCCCGCGUCUAAGCGUCACUCCGUGCAUGUGUUCAUGUUGUUCUUCCCCAUUGUGGUGGUGUGACUCUCGCAGUAAAUGGCGCACUUCCUACAUACAGACAUGGCACGGCAAUGAAGUUGCGAUGUGGCACGCCUUAGUUUGC